AACUUCACUUCAAUCCAACCCUUCUUCUCAUUUCUUGUUGAAGACUAGGAAACCUUCUUUUCUGACUCCAUUUUCUUCAAGGGCAAAAACCCGACCUUUAAUGGAGAAAAAGCAAGGUUUUUUCUCGGCUCUCAAAGAGGAAGUAGUUUGCGGGCUUUCUCCUUCCCGCUGUCGGACCAACAGCAGCCUCGUAAGAGCCCGUUCGCCCAUCGCCCUUCUGUUACGGAGAAAGAAAAGCAGCCCCAACAGCCACGGAGGCGCGCAACUGGUCGGGGAAGCUUUAGCCCCGCUCAUGGAAGGUCCCGAGCCGGACGGAGGGGAAACCGGGGUUUCGAAGCGGCUCGGCUCGGGGCUAGGACAAUGGGUAAUGGGACAGUUUUCGAGGACUCCAUCGGUUGCUUCAACGAGUUACGGAAGGUCUGAUCUAAGGCUGUUGCUUGGGGUCAUGGGUGCCCCUUUGGCUCCGGUUCAAGUUAGCUCCACUGACCCGCUGCCUCACUUGAGCAUAAAAGACACUCCCAUUGAAACUUCCACUGCUCAGUACAUAUUGCAGCAGUAUGCAGCUGCUUCUGGUGGGCUGAAGCUCCAAAAUUCCAUUAGGAACGCCUACGUGAUGGGAAAGCUCAAAAUGAUAGCUUGUGAAUACGAAACUGCGACGAAGACCGUUAAGAACCGAUAUGGCUCCAGAGGUGCAGAGUCCGGUGGAUUCGUGCUUUGGCAAAUGAAUCCGGACAUGUGGUAUGUUGAACUCGCGGUCGGCGGCUGCAAGGUUCAUGCCGGCUGUAAUGGGAAACUUGUGUGGAGACACACUCCUUGGCUUGGUGCUCGUAUCGCGAACGGUCCUGUUAGACCCUUGCGCCGAGCGCUCCAGGGUCUUGAUGCAAGAACUACGGCUAGUAUGUUUUCUGAUGCAAAAUGCAUAGGAGAGAAGACAUUUAAUGGUGAGGAUUGCUUCAUCCUCAAGCUUUGUACCGAUCUGCAGACAUUGAAGGCAAGGAGCAAAGGCCCGGCAGAGAUCAUUAGGCAUGUUUUAUUUGGCUACUUCAGUCAGAAGACUGGACUUCUUGUUCACAUGGAGGAUUCACAUCUCACUCGUAUCGAAUCCAAUGAUGGUGAUACUGUUUAUUGGGAAACCACAAUCAAUUCAUAUCUUCAUGAUUACCGACCCGUCGAAGGUAUCAUGAUAGCACAUUCCGGGCGUUCCAUCAUUACACUUUUCAGGUUCGGGGAAGCUGCAAUGAGCCAUACUAAAACAAGGAUGGAAGAAGCUUGGACGAUCGAGGAGGUUGCCUUUAACAUACCGGGCCUUUCCAUCGAUUGUUUUAUCCCUCCAGGUGAUUUGAGGUCCGGAUCUGUCAACGAAACAUACGAACUACCUCAGGAUGAGAUGACAAUGAGUGAGGUUGCCUUAUCAACACAUUAUGCCAAAGUUUCCGCCCUCGAGAAGGCACGGGAUAGUUGUGCCGGUGGCAUGAUAUGGGGGAUGCAAGUCUGAAGAAAGGUUAGAAUCAAAUCUUAGCAAUUGUUCAAAUUGGUAGCUAGUUCAGUUGACUAACACAUCAGAAAGUCGUUUUUUGGACUUUGAUUUCAUGCCUCUAGUAAUUUGCAAACAGAGUAUACUCAUUCACAGGUUCUAAUGGGGACCCUGCAUGAAUGUUUAUACUCUCGGCGCAGUACCCGACUACGGAGUUGGAGCUCGGCUUUCCAGUUAGGGAUAGAGCUAAUGGAGGUUGGUUUUUAGUUUACCAUUGAUGGUAGGUGGCAAAGCUGCCCCAUCAACCUUUUUCCUAUAGUUACACUAACUGUAACGGUUGAUGAAAAUAUAAUGUGGCAGUAGAGGGGAUGCUGCCAUAGUUUUUUGGUGUUACAAUUUCUGGAUUUGUGAUUCAAAGUGUGGUUGCUUGGCUUG